AUUACUGUAAUAAAUACAUUUUACAACACUGGUACUUGUCAAUUGCCAACGUAAACUAAACUCUUCGGUUGAAAUUAAAUUACAGAGUUUGUAAAUAUGUCUAAAGAAGAUAAAGAAAAAAGUGACAAAGAGUUGGAUUUAUCCAACGCUGGACGCGGUGUAUGGCUAGUUAAAGUCCCGAAGUACAUAGCACAGAAAUGGGAUUGUGCGCCAUCCAAUAUGGAUGUUGGCAAACUGAGAAUCACAAAAACUCCUGGACUUAAAGCAAAAGUAUCAUUAUCACUCACACCCGAAGUAGUAGAAUUGAAACCUGAAGGAAAAAUACCUACUGAACAUAUACUCGAUGUUUCAGUUGUGACAAAACAAACACUUGGUGUCUUUUCGGCCGAAGCAAAUAAUGGUAAAGAAUCAUCAAAGGAGCAGUUACCAAGUGAAUCGGAAAAAUUAUAUAUGGAAGGACGUAUAGUACAAAAACUAGAAUGCAGACCAAUAGCUGAUGAUACUUAUAUGAAUUUAAAACUAGAAUCAAUACGCAAGGCUUCUGUACCACAGCGUAGAGUUCAAUCUAUUGACAAAAUUGUGCAAAACUUCAAACCUGUGAGGGAUCAUGCUCACAACAUUGAGUAUCGCGAUCGAAAGAAAGCUGAAGGCAAAAAGGCACGUGAUGAUAAAAAUUUUGUAAUGGAUAUGCUCUUCAAUGCAUUCGAAAAGCAUCAAUAUUAUAAUAUUAAGGACUUAGUAAAGAUCACAAAGCAGCCUAUAGGAUAUUUAAAAGAAAUUCUUAAAGAAGUUUGUGAUUAUAACAUGAAAAAUCCGCAUAAGAAUAUGUGGGAGCUUAAGAAAGAGUAUCGUCAUUACAAGAGCGAUGAGAAAAAGGAAGAUGAGAAGUCAAACUCGGACAGUGAAUCGGAAUAGCAUUAAUUUUUAUUUACAAAACCUUUCGUGGAAUAUGACAAAAAAGUAAAACAAAUAUUAAGAUUUCAA